GUAAAUUUUGGAGUUAGGAAUAAAGUGAUUUGAUGACAUAGUUAGCCACUUAGAAUGACGAAGUCUAUGGAAAUUCCUACAUCUUCACCAGAUAGCUCUGGAGUAAGCACAGUGUUAGGAGCCACCCUCACACUUUCAUCCAACUCCAAUCCAGUCACUCCUCUCAGUACAUCUUGGAUAAACGCUCACAUUUCAACUCAUGUCCCAUUAGAAUACCAUCUCUGGAGUUCACCUCCACUUCCACAACUCUCACCCAGCAAAACACCCAACUCAAGUGCUAGUUUUCACUUUGACGGAUUUGAUGAUGAAUUUGAUGAGAUUAAGGAAAAAUAUCUAAGUGACGCGGCUGUGUCAACCCCAUCGCGACAAUUGAGUCCAUUCUCUGCUACUGCUGACCCAUCCUUCAAAAGCCCAAGUGUACUUGGAGCUGAGAGUAAAGGAAGAGAAAACUGUAGCAAUGCUGUCGCAAACGAAUCUCUUAUCAUGAACGAUUACAAAAAGCUUGUCGGUGAUUGGGAUUACUUUGUGAUACGUCUCAGAGUUGGUAUCAAGGGGCGAUCGUUCGACAAAUCUCUCAUGUGUUUAAGACUGGGGAGCAGUAACGUUUGGUAUUUUCUCAUGCAUCAGGUGUUUGAGAUAGUGUUUCCAGACAGAGCUCGUUCUUCAGUUCGGCUCCGGAUGGAAUUUUUGAAGAUUCACGACAUGAAGGUCGCCGAUUAUCACCUGGUACAUAAGCUGAAAGAAAAGGGCUGCACGAAACUACAUACAGGAACUCUAAAACUUGUCCGAUACAUCGAUUUAAUGAGACUGAUAAUAUCGAUGAGGAGAAGCAGCAGGUUUCAAACUGGGGGCAGUCAGAAAUCAAAGGACGCUAUUGAGCAACACAAGAGACUGGUGGACAGAAUAGUGCGAGGGUUGGAAUGCGAAGAGAAGCUAUACAACAAAAAGUUCAUCGGAAGACUGAUUUCGGAUCCAGGAUUCAUUAACAAGAUUUUGUCGAGGAGUAACUGUCCGAGGGGUGAGCAGCGGCAAGAGGUUCUGGCUAACAGUAACUCACAGUAUUCUAGAAUCUGAGAUUUGAUUAGUCAGACUUCUUCAGAUUUUCACACGGGGUUUCCACUAUUCUGCGAGAUUCCUAGUCAGGCAUUUUUGUUUGCCACUGUCCGGUCAAUUCCCAAGGAUGUUGAAGCUAAAGGUGGAACUUUAGCCUAAGGCGUCGUGAAUCCAAAAUUUCAUAUUAGUGUCCAAACUUUCUUUCGGUCACUCUUCCAGGAUAUUCAUUCGAUGAAACAUAACCGGCCGAAACUGCAGUUAAAAACUUGAAGUUGAGCUCACCAAAUGUAAAGUUGUAAAUCAUAUGAUAAUAAACAUCCUCCCGAAAACCAAGAUAUCUUGAUUUGAAUUUAAUUUAUAAGUAUCAGGUCAGCCUGGUUGUCAUUCUGGUAUUUUCGUUAAGGGUGACAAAAAUUCGUUUUAAAACGAUAAAGUGAUUGAAUUCAAUUGUCACUUUGCGGAAAAUUAUUGUCACUUGUUGGACACAAAUUUAUGCCACCUUCUAAAAAAAUGACUUCCAUUUAAUUUUAACAUGAUAUUUAAUUUUGGAUUACAACUUUAUUUAUUAUUGAUCUUGCCAUAAUUGUCACGUAUCUUAGAAUCAUUUGACAUUU